UUCAGUCUUUAAUUAUUUCUCUUUUCUGAUCUUCUCUUCUCCCGAUCUCAUUGUUCGUGUUCGUGUUUAUGUUUCUCAUGUUUUACUUGCUAUUUGUGUUGAUGUUUGAUCUUAUUUGUAUCUCAAUCCAUUGCAAUACUCUUUCAUUCUUCGGAAGUUCAGAAUUUUAGCAAUCGAAUCCGUCAACUCAAUUCAAUUGAACGUUUUUUUUUUCAUUAGUGAAAUUAGAUCAUCUUAUAUCUCAAAUUAGUUGAGAAAACAUCUCUAGCCUACAAUCCAACUCAACCGUAUACACUUUACUCAAGACCAUCAUCCAUCGGCCGGCCUCUGAUCCCUGUUGUGUUGUGUGUGAAGACAGAAGAAAUGGAGUUGAAGAAUUGGUUGGUUUGGAUUAUUGCAGCCUUAGUUUUUGUUUUUGGAGUUUUGAAGAGAUUGAAUGGUUGGUAUUAUGAAGCCAAGUUGGGGAAAUUAUGGCCUAAACUUCCACCAGGUGAUAUGGGUUGGCCUCUUCUUGGUUCUACUCUAUCUUACCUCAAGCAUUUCACCUCUGGUCACCCAAGAAAUGUCAUUCACAACCUUUCCAUUAGAUAUGGGAAAAGUGAUAUGUACAAAGCUCAUCUACUUGGUAGAGCAAGUAUAAUUGUUUGUACAUCAGAACUUUGUCGUCAAGUUUUAUGUGAUGAAGACAAAUUCAAACCUAGUUUACCAAGAAGCAUCACCCUUUUAUCUGGUAGAAAGUCACUAAUGCAAGUGUUCAAGGCGGAGCACAGGCGGCUCCGACGGCUCACGACGGGGCUGAUCAGCGGCCACAUGGUACUAGAGAUGUACAUCAAUUAUAUUCAACACACGGUGAUAAAUGGUUUAGAGGAAUGGGCAAGCAUGAAGAAGCCAAUUGAGCUAUUGACAGAGAUAAAGAAGCUUACCUUCAAAAUUAUUUGGAAUAUUUUCAUGGGUUCUUCUUCUAUAGAUUCUUCCAUUGGAGAAAUUGAGCCUUUGUUUACUAAAACUGCAUUAGGGUUUAUAUCUUUGCCCAUCAACUUUCCUGGCUUCAUCUUCCAUAAAUCACUCAAGGGUAGAAAACAGUUGCUAACCAUACUUCAAUCCAUCAUCAACCAAAAGAGAUUGGUGAAGGAAAGGGAAGGGAAAAAAUGGGAAGCAAAAGAUAUGAUGGAUUUGCUGAUGGAAUUGAAAGAUGAAGAAGGUGAAGAGUUAGAUGAUGAAACCAUUAAAGAUUUGAUUUUUGGUAAGUUAUUUGCAGGCCAUGAAACUUCAGCUUAUACAGCUAUGUGGGCAAUUUUGUUUCUUACAAAUCAUCCACAUAUAUUUCAAAAAGCCAAGGAAGAACAAGAGGAUAUCAUUAAAAGAAGACCCACCACUCAAAAAGGGAUAACUCUCUCAGAGGUUAAACAGAUGAAAUUUCUUUACCAGGUAAUAGAUGAGACACUUCGUGUUAGUGGUAUCACUUUUAUGGUUUUUCGUGAAGCAGUAGUUGAUGUUGAAAUCAAUGGUAAAAUUAUACCAAAGGGAUGGAAAGUCAUUCCUUGGUUUGGAGAGCUUUACAUGGAUGAAAAACAAUUUCCUUCCCCACGGGAGUUCAACCCUUCAAGAUGGGAUAAUUUUGUAGCCACACCAGGAGCUUUCACUCCAUUUGGAUUAGGAAAUAGGUAUUGCCCAGGAAGUGAUCUUGCCAAGCUUGAAAUCUCAAUAUUUCUUCAUUAUUUUCUCCUCAGUUACAAGGUGGAACAACUUAAUCCAAAAUGUCAGAGGACUUGUUUGCCAUUUCCACAUCUCAAAGACAAGUGCUUGGCAAGAGUGCAUAAAGUUGAAUAACUAUCCAAGUGUAAAAUGUCGAUGUCGACAAAAAUAUCGAGAUCUUAAUUUUACAGAUAUAUCGAUGAAAAUAUCGAUAAAAUAUUGAUUUUGAUGGAUAUUUCACUACAAGAAAUAAUAGACACGAUAGCUAACAAAAUGCUAUAAUAGAUCUUUCAUACCCUUUUUCGAAGGUCCAACGACCCAUGUUAUUAAAAAUCUAGGACUUUUGAUAGCA